UAUACCCUUUUACUCUACGAGUAACGGGUAUAAAAAUGCCAAAUAACAAGGCAGUCCGAGUCCAGGACUCGAGUUCUUGGUAAAGCGACUCCUAGUGGGCGUGCCUGACCAGCUCAAAAGUUCUUCGGUAAUUUUAAAGUGGGCACACUCAGGCAGGGGCCUGGCUUGUCCAUUUAAAUUCUCAGCAUAUUAAAGGACACAAAAUUCGCCUGGCCUGUUGGAGUGAGUGGUUGGAAUGGAGUGCGGUUUGAGGAGCCACCACUCCGAGCAAAUGCGACGGCGACAUGCCUCAGCUUCGGGUUUUUGCAUGUGCAACACCACAGAAGCGGUGGCAAUACAACCAGGAGCAGCAGCAAGAGCAGCAGCAGGAGCAGCUCAUUUCUUUGUCAGGACGCACGCAUUGCAAAGGGGUCUGAGGUCUUGGGUUGCUCCUUCCGCUGCGACGGCAGGACAAACACGUAAAUUAAUCUGACAAGUGAUACUUCUGGCCUCCGGUCUAGUUCCCUGCUCCCUGCUCCCUGCUGCCUGCUCCCUGCUGCCUGCUCCCCGCUCUCAGCUUCCCUUCCCUUGCUUCGAGGGGCCGUCAAAAUGUCGCUACUCUGGACAGCAGCCAUGUGGCAAGCAUGGAAGUCCUUUGGUCGUCACAAGCACACACUCUCGCAGGACAAUGGCUGACUGCCGUCUGCUGGCUGCUGACUGUUUUCGAGCUGACUUUUUACUCUGCUGCCAGUUGAUGGGACGCUGACGUCAGCUAGACACGGCCAGGACGGCAGUCCAGGGAAGAGUCCCAAGUGGAGCACCCAAGACAGCCUUCGGUGUAGCCCCUCGGCUGGCCUCCUUUAUUUACAUGUAUUGCAGUUAUUUUAUAUGUAAUUUAUUUUCCAACGGCCCUUGGAGUCCUUGGGUGCCUUUCCUUGCCUCUUCCUCCACAUCUGUUUUUGUUUAUUGGUUUUCCAACUGGGGGCUCUGUGCUCCACCGACUGGCUGGUGCCGUCCCCACUGGGAAAGUGUGUUGUCUGCCAGGCGCUUGGCGUUGUCGGCUGUGGCGGUCAAGUUUGGGUUUUGGUUUAAUGGGGCCGCCGGGUUGGACAGUGAAGUGGAGUGACCACAGCCAAGCUUCAUACGGUAUGGCAACAGCGGGAAGGGUGGAUAUCGUUUUACCCCUAUAAUAAUUAGGUUUCCAAGAGGAGGCAAAGCCUUCCUAUAAUCUUGACUUAGGCCAAUUGUCUAUUAUUUUGAACAGCGAAACAUGAUUGCAAACAAAGUUCAUGAAAAGAUGAUAAUUUCAUCUUUCAUUUUUAAAAAUCCUGUAUUUUAAAAUAGGAUAAAAAACGCACACAGCCUUGUUUCUGUUAAGUUGUUACUCAAUAAAAAUGCUUCAUUUAAACAUUUUUAAUUGCCCCCAUCCGGUGCUCGAUUGGCAGUCAUAUACUCUUUCUUGGAGCACAUGAACAGUUAGAAACAUGUCAUAUUCCCGUCGAAUAUGCAAAGACAGCAGUAAAAACGCAACGAAAAAGGAAGACGAUUACCCGGCACACUUCACCGAUGUUAAUCAAUUAAAACAUUUGUGAAUUUCCAUAAACAGUUUCGCCUCCGCUCCGUCAUUAUUUGUACACUUGCAAGGCUCACUUUGUUUACAUGGAAGCCUUCUGAUCCCGCAUUCCUCCUUCAUCUGCCUCCUUCAUAAUCUGCCAAUUUGUGAAUGCGGCAAACAAAAAUUGAUUAAAACAUCACGUAAUCGCAAUGUCGUCGUCGUCAUCGGCUCCAAGCUGGGAGCUUGGCCCAUGGGCGGCGCCAACGUCAAGUUGGGGAUCUAAAAUGGCAUCUACAUACCAUAUACAAAUGCCAUAUAUAGUCUGUGUUGGGAUCUCCGGACUCCGGCGGAGCACCGCACGUACGCAUGUGGUUUCGCUGGGCUCUCGGCCUAUGCCGUUUGCAUAUGAAUCCAAAUCGUUUCAAUUGAAUUCUGCGAACUCGCAGUUGAUUCAUCUGAAAGCCAUUGCAGUGAAUUCAAAUCGAGCCAUUUAUCCAUUGCCUAUAGGCGAGGUAUUGAGUCUAUUGCGGACUCCAGAUAUUAACGACAAAUUGCGAGUCGAUGAGGUGGAUGUGGACCAAGUGACUCACUGCGAGCAGAAGAACCUGACAUCUUAUCAACGCCGACAUAAAUAUGACAAAGGGACAUGUAUAUGGAUAUCUGGCAUUCGUGGAUUCCGCGCUCGACCGUAAUUCUUUCUUGCGGUCUUCAUAAAUUUAAUUUUUACAUGUGGCCCAGUGUCAGGGCCCUUGGCUUUGGGCCUUGCCAGAACAUCUCUGGGCCAACUGGACCGUCCAAAUAUGCUUAAUGACUUGUUUGUGUGCUGGAUUUAUUAUAAAUUAUAUUUUUGGCUGCCCGUGCGAGAAGCGAGUCUUCCCUGGAGACCGCCAAAGUAACCAGUUCGGCUUGCGAAGUGAUUAAAAUUUUAUUCCAAUGAAUUUUUGUUGCGGCAAAGCUGGCGAUGCAAUUGCUGAAGGGCAAUCCCCGGUGAAUUAUAGAGCAAGUUGGGAAUUUUAAGCUGCCACUUCGCUUGCAGCCGGGACCUCAUCCAUCAUGGGAAAUUGAACUCCAGUCGGCCUGGCCUACCUCCCACGCAACUCUCAAUAGAUUUCCAUGCCGGAAUACUCGUAUCUGGGUCAGAGUGCUUGAUUGAUAGCAAAUAAAGAGCGAAUCGUUUGAAUCAAGUCAAAUAAUAUUUCUUCUGAGUGGUACUUGGACAUUUUAAUUAGUCGUCUCCUCCUCGGCGACUUUGACACAAGGGGGCAAAAUAAUUGGCCCAAUUCAGGGACCUUUGAUUCGAUCUGAUUGUGAUUGUAGGACGAUGCCGAAAUAAGCAAACACAUGCAGCGCAGAGGUCUGUGCAUCAUUUGGAUCAAUCAAUCAGCGGAUUUGGGUACUCUCGAUAUCUGGCCCAGAAAUAUGCCACACAUGAAUCAACCCAGAAGCAGCGGAAAGGUUGCUCUUAAAACAUAUGGCAAGGCCCAAAUUAAUUUGCAAUGAAAAUGUGCGAAAAGAUGCAAAUCACCGGGAUUUUCGGUAAAAAAUUGACCAAAGCAUAGGUUUAACUGCGCGGCUACGAAAUAUGUUGUCAAAUAUAUAACGAUUCCUACCACACCGAAUAAAAACCCGAUGUGGAGCCGUGCAUGUGUGGCACUCUAUCAUCUGUAUACUUUGAAAUAAAUGUGGAGUAGUUAGUUCUGCUCAACCCCAGACGAAAACAGGAAAUGUAAGGAAUUGCUUUGGGCUGCCGAAUGGGUGGUGCUCUGAACCUGAAGGCUGUCAGUCGAUCGGUAUUUCAUACAAAGUUUGAAAAAAUCUCUCGAGCAUGUUUAUGAAAAUGCUACCGGAAAUCGAUUGUCUGUCAGGCUACCAUUUCUAUAAAGUACAGGCUGGAGUCGAGAGGAGGACCAGGAAUGACGUUGGCUAGUAGAUUCUUCUUUUCCCCGUAAAUUAUGCAAAUAAGUCAACACUGGCUACAGGAUGUAUGUGCGUCUGCUGGAAAAGUUUCCCCGACGGACCACAAAUGAAUCAUAUGCCAAAAGGCAUUUGAAGGCCCUAAGCCAUUGUAAUGGGGCCUUUGGGUCCUCCUCGCCAUGUCAGCCCCAACAUGACGCUGGGAAAUGCAUGUUGGAGCAGGGAAAGUUGUGUGCUCAAGUCUGAGCGCUGUCAAUUUCAGUUUCCGUCUCCGUCCGGAUACGAGACGAUUUUGCCAGAUUUUCCCAAGGAGCAACAUUUGUCUUUCUUGCAGUUUGGGUGUGAUCAAAGAACCGAGGCCUGCUUACCCUUCAAAAUACUUAUAAGUUACAUUCUGGGACCGCAUGCGGAGACUUACCUGCAAGAACUGAGAUAAAAGAUAUUUGAUAGAUAGAGAGAGAAUGAGAGAGAAUGAGAGAGAGGGAGAAAGACAAAGGCCAGAGGUUUCUAAUACCUAAUCUAAUACGUAAUCCCUGGCCACAAGCCGACUUACAUUGGGUUUAAUUAACGAAGGAGGCGUGCUGGAAGGGCGGACUAAACUUAACCGGAACACAACUUAAGCGCAUAAAUUAUAGCCUGAGCUCGGACUUAGGAAUGCUAAUGAUGUCCUCCAGCUGUCCUUUCUCCAUUCACUUCGUGGCCCGGCUAAUAAUGCUUUUGCAUAUAAUCAACCAGCCCAUGCAUGACCUUUUCAUGGCCACAUCCUCCUCGGGCUCCUCGAUCCAUGUUCUUGGGAGGUUCACGGUGCUAAUCCAACGACUUGACUGCCAUUACACAGGACACUGGAGUCGUGGUGGGGGAAAAAAAACGUUCAUUUGCUCAAUCGUGCACUCGAAAAUGUCAAUUUACAUUUGCGGAUUUCCCCCGAGAGGCAAUCCGGCCCAAGCCAGCUUAAGUUGACUUUAACGCCUCAAUGCAUCCAACUAGAAGGCCCAGAUGGAGGUGGAGGCCAAUGGAACUGCGAAGGCAUUCCAUAUAGGAGAAAGUUUUUGUGUGUGCAACAGGGAAAAAAGGAAAACUUUUUAUUAAAGUCAGCUGAAAUGGGUGGAACUCGUUUCGGUUUCGGAUUUCAAUGCUCCCAGAAACUAGCCCUAGUAGUCCACGUUCUGUCAGCCAUCCUCAUUCCACGCCCCAUGCUUUUGGUGUGCGAGUGUGUGUGUGUGUGUGUGUUUGACAAUGUGGGCGUGGCUCCCGGCUCUGUCUGUUGCUUUGGUCAAGUUAAUUUGUAUGUGUGGCCGUAAACUUUUGCCAGCUUAGACUUUCCAACGCACUGGCCAGUGGGCGGCCAGGAUGGAUGGAUGCUGCUGCCACUGAGAUUUGGACAGUUGGGUGCGGGUCGGAGACUUCCCCCGAUAUCUCAAAUGUCCAGUUUUGGGCUCCGACCAAAAUGUGUGAAUUUUGUUGGCUUAUUGCUUUUCUAUGCCGCAUAAUUGCUGACUUCUUUCACACAUUCGCACACAUCAUUGGAGCGGGCUGAGCUGGGUUGAACUGGUCUGGUCAGGAAGGGACCGAUUUGGGUGGGACUAAGCAUGUUUGUCCUUAAACAAGGCGCAUAAAUCAUUGGGGGCUGCCGCAGAGCCCCGAAAUUUAUGCUUGGUUGCAUUUUUGAUGUCCGGGACCUAGGAUGAGGACGAGGACGGGGACUGAUUAAAUGCUCGCCCAGUGGGCAGGGAAGAUAAGAGUGGUUGGGUGCGCUGUGGCAGUCAGAACAAAUCAAGGGAAAAGCUUUCGGAAAGCCUAUUUCAAUUCUGAGCUGUCGGAUGCCUACACUCGCUAUCUCUAUUUUGGCACUGAACUCCAAUGGAGUGAACAUAGUGUUUUUCAGAUAGCUUUGCGCCUCAUAGCGGGUUGCAUGGCUACGUCAUGGCCACCAAGGUUACCAUCGCUUGCUACCCAAACAAGUUGUCCCAGCAACGCGAAUCGAAUUCAGUUCCCCCCGUCGUAUCACUCAUUGUAGCUCAAAUCGUGGUUCAGGAUAUAGAUUCCAGACACGUCUUUUUAACACCUUAUUAACUAGUUCCCUUUAAGAAGGAUGCCCUGCUUUUCCGCCUCCAAUGUGCGAUUCGUCAGUGCAGAAUCCCAGGUGCAACAAAAGUGCAAUGAGCUGAGAGCCAGGGCACGAGCCCAAACGGCAGCCUAUCGCCCGCCCCCUGGUGGGUUCCGCCCACCCUUUGGGUCCUUCAGGAGACCACUGUGUGACCAGUCGGCAGCCUAUGACCAGAAACAACUAAAGCGCAAUGAACGCGAUCGAAAGCGCAAUCAGGGCACAAAACAGGUGGUGCUCCGUGCCGGGGAGCUUCGUCGUCUCAAGGAUCAGGGAAAACUAGAAACCGUAAGCGAGAAACUGCAGAGAAUUGAGCAGCAGGAGGAAAAGCACCGCAGGCAGCUGCAGAUGGUUGAGGAGACGCGACGGCGUUUCAAGUCCAUCGAUGAGGCUAAGGGGGUGGGCGCGUCGGAGGGCAGAACCACCUUGCUCAGCGAGGUCCUGGAGGAGAAGCAGUCUGUGCUUAGCCGCGCUUUUCUUGCCCGCCAAGAGCAAGAACAGGAGGUGAAGCAGAUAAACCGCAUGAUUCUCGACGCAAAAUGCAAAGCUGUGCGGGAAGCGCAGAUCCAUGAGAAGCACCUUUUAUCCAAGGCGCUGCGCGAGGACGAUGAGCGACUGGCACGUAUGGUCAACGAACGGGCCCAGAAAGCGCUGACCGAAGAGGAUCAGCGCGAGCGACUGGAGGUGGAGAAGCGGAACCGCUACGCCCAGGAGAUUCGGCAGCAGCUCUCGGAACGCGAGAACGUGCGCUACUUGGAAGCCAAGCGGGUGGCCGACGAAGCCAAGGACAUUCGACGCGCCACCGAGCUCUUGCGUAGCCAGGAGGAGCAGCAACGGGCCUUUGCCCAACUGCGCAAGCAAAGGUUCCGGGAGGAGCUCCAGCGCAUCCGGGACAUGUCCAACGUCUUUAAGGCGAUGCUAAGCGAACAGGAGAGAUUGGCUGAACUGCGUGUAACCGCCUACAUGCGCGAUAAGCAGGAGAAGGAGCGCCAGCUAAAGGAAAUGCAACGUUUGGCCAAAAAAGAGUUCGAGCGCCGCCAGCAGCGCAUCUUCACGGUAGCUGCCGAAGCCAUGGAGACGCGCCAGACCAACGACGAGCUGAAGUAUCUGAAGGAGCGGGACCGCGUGGAGCGCGAGUACCGCCAACGGGAAAAGGAAGCGGCCAUAGCGCGUCGCGAGGCUGAGCGGGACCUGCUAGAAGCACGGGCUCAGCAGGCCCAGGAGAUGAAGCAGCGCCUGGCUCUGGAGAUCGCCCACGCCGGAGAGGAGUUCGCCAAGGUCAUGGAUCGGAUGCGCGAGGAGGAGGAGAAGCAGAAGGUCAUGGAUCGUCAGCGGGACGCUCAGCGGCAGGUGUACCGCCAGGACCUGCGCCAGCAGAUGACAGACAAACAGUCGGAGCGUCGUCGUCUGGCCGAGCUGGAAGCCGUAAGAGUGCAGAAGUGGCUGGAUCAAGAGAAGCAGCGGGACGCCAACAUCCAGCAGGUGAUCAGCGCUAAGAUCGCGACUAUGCGCGAGAAUUGCCUACCGGAAAAGUAUCUGCGGGAGGUGGAAAAGCAGUUGAAGAACAUCCAAAGCUCCCGCAACCGGAUCCGCUGAGGGAGGCCUUAACUCCCACACGGUUGCCUAUUGUCGGGCGCUCUUGGAAUGCCGGUAGUGGGGUACAUGUUGCACCUCGAAGUAUGCUAUUAGUUCUAGUUUCGAAAGGUUUCAAAAUAAAAUACACUUAAUAGAUGGAGUGCUGUUUCCA